AUGGCAGCUCUCGCUACGCUGUCGACCUUCGACACUUCCCACGCCGGGUGUCUCCACAGCGUCGAAUUCGAUUUCUUCGCGACGCGCCUCGCCACCGCGUCUUCAGACCGCACCAUCCGGCUCUGGAGUGUCUCGACACCUCCGGAGGUCUCGACCGGAGCGAAUGGCGCGCACGAGGUGACUCCCAAGGCCGCCACUUUCCUGCAGGAGUUGCGCGGGCACGAGGGGCCUGUGUGGCAGGUUCGCUGGGCGCAUCCCUCGUUCGGCAAUCUCCUCGCGUCUUGCGGCUACGACCGGCGGGUGAUCAUUUGGCAGCAGACGUCUCCGGCGACGGGGCUCCAGAGCCAGCACGGCCGCGUUUUCCCGGCGGCUGCGCAGAGUCUCUUUGCUCCGGUGUACACGAACGAAGACCACACGGCGUCGGUGAACUCCAUCGCGUUCUGCCCCCACGAGCUCGGGCUCCACCUCGCUGCGGGCAGCAGCGACGGCUCGGUCUCGGUGCUGUCUCUCUCCGCAGACGCCGUCGCCCAAGGAGCCGGCAUGCAGGGGGGGCUGUGCUGGAGCCGCAAGGCCUUCGCCGCCCACUUCAACGGAGUGAACAGCGUCGCGUGGGCCCCGUUCAGGCCAGACGCCCAGGGCGGGCAAGAGCUGCUGCUGGCGACUGGUGGAUGCGACAGCCAAGUCCGCCUGUGGCGCGUCGACCCUGCCACUCAGGAGUGGCAGCAGCUACACCAGCUGACGUGCUCGGAUCCACACACGGACUGGGUGCGAGACGUGGCCUUUCAGCCUGCCUCUGCUUCCUCCCUUCUUCUCUCUUCGUCGCUGCUUCUCGCCUCCUGCAGCGAAGACUGCACGGUGAAACUGUGGGUCGGCGAGGCUUCCGCGUCGUCGUACACCUGGUCCCUCCUGCAAACCCUCCGGCUGCAUGCACCCGUGUGGCGGGUCUCCUGGAGUGUGUCGGGGACGGUCCUCUCUGUGGCAUGCGGCGAGAAAGACGUCUACCUCUUCAGGGAGACAGUUGGAGGCCAGUGGGAGAAAGUCUCGAGGCUUGUCGGCCCGGACAGUGUCCCCGCGUCUCCCGCGCCCAUGCCGUCACCGGCUCCAGCACAGCCCGGGCAACCGACGGGAACACCUCAGGGCCUUCCCCAUGCUCCGCAGGCGUCCCAGCCUCUUCCUAACGCUGCGCCUCCGUCCAUGGGUGCCUAUCCUUCCCAUCCUUCUCAUCCGCCGUCUCAUCCUGCUCAUCCGCCGUCUCAUCCUGCUCAUCCGCCGUCUCAUCCUUCCCUGCCUCCGUAUCCUUCGCACCCGCCGUCGCACCCGUCUUUCCCCCCGUCCCAGCCUUCGCUUCCUCCGAACUCGGCUCUCCCUCCUUCCGGCUCUGCUCUUUCUGCGAAUUCUGCGCUACCCCCUGCGCCCGCUGGGUCCGCGAUCCAGGCGCCUCAGGGUCUGGGCGCGACCGCGGCGGGAGGCCCAGGUGUCUCCUUCCCGCCGGCCCCAGGCUACCCUGGAGCCCCGAGCGCAUCGGCCGGCCUCUACGGGCCUCCGCCGACCACCAGCAGCCAGACUUACCCGCACCCUGCGGCUGCCUCGCCCUACCCGCCCAGCGGGGCGUUUCCGCCGCCCGCCGGCGUGCAGGCGCCUGGUCAAGGAAUGGGGACCGCUGGGCCAACCCCAUUCUUCCCCGCGGGGACCGCGCCUGCUACCCCGAAGCCGCCCGCCUUCUACAACGUUGGAGCCCCAGAGGGACAGAUCGGCCAGGGACAGCCAGGAGCCGCGCCGCCGACCGCUGCGCCUUUCUUCCCAGGGGGGCAGGCACCAGGCGUGGCGCCUCCGCCUACGAGCCUGUUCCCUAGACCUCCGCAGGGCGCUCCCGGCCCGCAGGCUCAGCAAGGAUACGCGCCUCGAGCCCCCAUGUACACGCCCUACAAGGCCAAUUAA